CCGAGUAGCAGCUCUGGGCUGGGAACGCGGCGGGGUCGGCCUCUCGGCUUUGCGUUCCCGCCCCGGGUCCCCGGCGCCGCAGUAGCCCGCCCUGCAGCGCUGAGUCCCGCGCGUCCGCCUGCGGUGCCCGCCUCCACGCGAGCCGCCUCGCAGCCUCCAGGGGACACGCCAUGACUCUGGAGGGUCUGUGUUUGGCAAGGGGCCCCCUGGCCCGGCUCCUGCUGGCCUGGUCGGCCCUGUUGUGCAUGGCGGGUGGCCAAAGCCACUGGGAUGGGGCCUUGGAGGCUGCAGGUCCUGGACGUGUGCGGAGGCGGGGCAGCCCGGGCAUCUUGCAGGGGCCGAAUGUAUGCGGCUCCCGGUUCCACGCCUACUGCUGUCCAGGCUGGAGGACAUUCCCUGGCAGGAGCCAGUGUGUCGUGCCCAUCUGUAGGCGCGCCUGCGGUGAAGGCUUCUGCUCCCAGCCCAACCUGUGCACCUGUGCGGAUGGGACACUGGCUCCCAGCUGCGGGGUGAGCCGAGGGUCAGGGUGCAGUGUGAGCUGUAUGAAUGGGGGCACCUGCCGGGGGGCGUCCUGUCUGUGUCAGAAGGGCUACACAGGCACCGUGUGUGGGCAGCCCAUCUGUGACCGCGGCUGCCACAAUGGGGGUCGCUGCAUUGGGCCCAACCACUGCGCCUGUGUGUACGGCUUCAUGGGACCUCAGUGUGAGAGAGAUUACCGGACGGGACCCUGCUUUGGCCAAGUAGGCCCCGAGGGGUGCCAGCAUCAGCUGACGGGCCUCGUGUGCACCAAGGCACUUUGCUGUGCCACCGUGGGCCGUGCCUGGGGCCUUCCAUGUGAACUUUGCCCUGCACAGCCACACCCCUGCCGCCGCGGCUUCAUCCCAAAUAUCCACACAGGGGCCUGCCAAGAUGUGGAUGAGUGCCAGGCUGUGCCAGGCCUGUGCCAGGGAGGCAGCUGCGUCAACAUGGUGGGCUCCUUCCAUUGCCACUGUCCAUUUGGACACCGGCUCAGUGACAGCAGCACUGCAUGUGAAGACCACCGGGCCGGCACCUGCUUCUCAGUGCUUUUCGGGGGCCGCUGUGCCGGAGACCUCGCUGGCCACUACACUCGCAGGCAGUGCUGCUGCGACAGGGGCAGGUGCUGGGCAGCUGGCCCAGCCCCUGAGCUGUGUCCUCCUCGGGGCUCCAGUGAAUUCCAGCAACUGUGCGCCCAGGGGCUGCCGCUGCUACCCGGCCACCCUGGCCUCUUCCCUGGACUCCUGGGCUUCGGAUCCAAUGGCAUGGGUCCCCCUCUUGGGCCGGCGCGACUCAACCCCCAUGGCUCUGAUACGCGUGGGAUCCCCAGCCUGGGCCCUGGCAACUCUAACAUUGGCACUGCUACCCUGAACCAGACCAUUGACAUCUGCCGACACUUCACCAACCUGUGUCUGAAUGGCCGCUGCCUGCCCACGCCUUCCAGCUACCGCUGCGAGUGUAACGUGGGCUACACCCAGGACGUGCGUGGCGAGUGCAUCGAUGUAGACGAAUGCACCAGCAGCCCCUGCCACCAUGGUGACUGCGUCAACAUCCCUGGCACCUACCACUGCCGGUGCUACCCGGGCUUCCAGGCCACGCCCACCAGGCAGGCAUGCGUGGAUGUGGACGAGUGCAUUGUCAGUGGUGGCCUUUGUCACCUGGGCCGCUGUGUCAACACAGAGGGCAGCUUCCGGUGUGUCUGCAAUGCAGGCUUCGAGCUCAGCCCUGAUGGCAAGAACUGUGUGGACCACAACGAGUGUGCCACCAGCACCAUGUGCGUCAAUGGCGUGUGUCUCAACGAGGAUGGCAGCUUCUCCUGCCUCUGCAAACCCGGCUUCCUGCUGGCGCCUGGCGGCCACUACUGCAUGGACAUUGACGAGUGCCAGACGCCCGGCAUCUGCGUGAACGGCCGCUGUACCAACACCGAGGGCUCCUUCCUCUGCCAGUGCCUGGGGGGGCUGGUGGUAGGCACGGAUGGCCGCAUGUGCAUGGACACCCACGUGCGCAGCACCUGCUAUGGGGCCAUCGAGAAGGGCUCCUGUGCCCGCCCCUUCCCUGGCACUGUCACCAAGUCCGAGUGCUGCUGUGCCAACCCGGACCAUGGUUUUGGGGAGCCCUGCCAGCUUUGUCCUGCCAAAAACUCCGCUGAGUUCCAGGCACUGUGCAGCAGUGGGCUUGGCAUUACCACGGAUGGUCGAGACAUCAACGAGUGUGCUCUGGACCCUGAGGUUUGUGCCAAUGGCGUGUGUGAGAACCUUCGGGGCAGCUACCGCUGCAUCUGCAACCUGGGUUAUGAGGCAGGUGCCUCAGGCAAGGACUGCAUAGACGUAGAUGAGUGUGCCCUCAACAGCCUCCUGUGUGACAACGGGUGGUGCCAGAAUAGCCCUGGCAGCUACAGCUGCUCCUGCCCCCCCGGCUUCCACUUCUGGCAGGACGUGGAGAUCUGCAAAGACGUCGACGAAUGCCUGUCCAGCCCGUGUGUGAACGGCGUCUGUCUGAACCUGGCUGGCUCCUACACCUGCAAAUGUGCCCCUGGCAGCCGGCUGGACCCCUCUGGUACCAUCUGUCUAGACAGCACCAAGGGCACCUGCUGGCUGAAGAUCCAGGAGAGCCGCUGUGAGGUGAACCUUCAGGGAGCCAGCCUGCGGUCCGAGUGCUGCGCCACCCUCGGGGCAGCCUGGGGGAGCCCCUGCGAACGUUGCGAGAUCGACCCUGCCUGUGCCCGGGGCUUUGCCCAGAUGACAGGUGUCACCUGCGAUGAUGUUAACGAGUGUGAGUCCUUCCCGGGAGUCUGUCCCAACGGGCGUUGCGUCAACACUGCCGGGUCUUUCCGCUGUGAGUGUCCAGAGGGCCUGAUGCUGGACGCCUUGGGCCGGCUGUGCGUGGAUGUGAGAUUGGAGCCAUGUUUCCUGCGAUGGGACGAGGAUGAGUGUGGGGUCACCCUGCCUGGCAAGUACCGGAUGGACGUCUGCUGCUGCUCUAUCGGGGCCACGUGGGGAGCCGAGUGCGAGGCCUGCCCGGAUCCCGAGUCUCUGGAGUUCGCCAGCCUGUGCCCGCGGGGGCUGGGCUUUGCCAGCCGGGACUUCCUGUCUGGCCGACCGUUCUAUAAAGAUGUGAAUGAAUGCAAGGUGUUCCCUGGCCUCUGCACGCACGGUACCUGCAGAAACACGGUGGGCAGCUUCCACUGCACCUGUGCAGGGGGCUUCGCCCUGGAUGCCCAGGAACGGAACUGCACAGAUAUCGACGAGUGUCGCAUCUCUCCUGACCUCUGCGGCCAGGGCACCUGUGUCAACACGCCGGGCAGCUUUGAGUGCGAGUGUUUUCCCGGCUACGAGAGCGGCUUCGUGCUGAUGAAGGACUGCAUGGACGUGGACGAGUGUGCAAGGGACCCGCUGCUCUGCCGGGGAGGCACUUGCACCAACACGGAUGGAAGCUACAAGUGCCAGUGUCCCCCUGGGCAUGAGCUGACGGCCGAGGGCACUGCCUGUGAGGACAUCGACGAGUGCUCCCUGAGGGAUGGCCUGUGUCCCCACGGCCAGUGUGUCAAUGUCAUCGGUGCCUUCCAGUGCUCCUGCCAUGCCGGCUUCCAGGGCACACCUGACCGCCAGGGCUGCGUGGACAUCAACGAAUGCCGGGUCCAGAAUGGUGGGUGUGACAUGCGCUGUAUUAACACUGAGGGCAGCUACCGGUGCAGCUGUGGGCAGGGCUACUCGCUGAUGCCUGACGGAAGGGCAUGUGCAGACGUGGACGAGUGUGAAGAGAACCCCCGCGUUUGUGAGCAAGGCCACUGCACCAACAUGCCAGGGGGUCACCACUGCCUAUGCUAUGAUGGCUUCAUGGCCACGCCAGACAUGAGGACAUGUGUUGAUGUGGAUGAGUGUGACCUGAACCCUCACAUCUGCCUCCACGGGGACUGCGAGAACACGAAGGGUUCCUUUGUCUGCCACUGUCAGCUGGGCUACAUGGUCAGGAAGGGGGCCACAGGCUGCUCUGAUGUGGAUGAAUGCGAGGUUGGAGGACACAACUGUGACAGUCACGCCUCCUGUCUCAACAUCCCGGGGAGUUUCAGCUGUAGGUGCCUGCCAGGCUGGGUGGGGGAUGGCUUCGAAUGUCACGACCUGGAUGAAUGCGUCUCCCAGGAGCACCGGUGCAGCCCAAGAGGUGACUGUCUCAAUGUCCCUGGCUCCUACCACUGCAUCUGCCGCCAAGGCUUUGCCGGGGAUGGCUUCUCCUGCGAAGACAGGGACGAAUGUGCCGAGAAUGUGGACCUCUGUGACAACGGGCAGUGCCUCAAUGCGCCCGGCGGGUACCGCUGUGAAUGUGAGAUGGGCUUUGACCCCACCGAGGACCACCGGGCCUGCCAGGAUGUGGACGAGUGUGCGCAAGGGAACCUCUGUGCGUUUGGGAGCUGUGAGAACCUGCCUGGAAUGUUCCGCUGCUUCUGCAAUGGUGGCUACGAACUGGACCGAGGGGGUGGCAACUGCACAGACAUCAACGAGUGUGCAGACCCAGUAAACUGCAUCAAUGGCAUGUGCAUUAACACCCCCGGCAGCUACCUCUGCAGCUGCCCCCAGGAUUUUGAGCUGAACCCCAGCGGAGUGGGCUGUGUGGACACUCGGGCCGGGAACUGUUUCCUGGAGACGCAUGACCGAGGGGACGGUGGCAUUUCCUGCAGUGCCGAGAUCGGAGUUGGUGUCACCCGGGCUUCCUGCUGUUGCUCCCUGGGCCGGGCUUGGGGCAAUCCCUGUGAGCUGUGCCCUAUGGCCAACACCACUGAGUACAGAACCCUGUGCCCGGGUGGUGAGGGCUUCCGGCCUAACCCCAUCACUGUCAUUCUGGAAGACAUCGACGAGUGCCAAGAGCUGCCAGGGCUGUGUCAGGGGGGUGACUGCAUCAACACGUUUGGCAGUUUCCAGUGUGAGUGCCCACCUGGCUACCACCUCAGUGAGCACACCCACAUCUGUGAGGAUAUUGACGAAUGCUCCACACACGCCGGCAUCUGUGGUCCUGGCACCUGCUACAACACCCUGGGGAACUACACCUGUGUCUGCCCUGCAGAGUACCUCCAAGUCAAUGGUGGCAACAACUGCAUGGAUAUGAGGAAGAGUGUCUGCUUCCGGCACUAUAACGGCACAUGUCAAAAUGAGCUGGCCUUCAACGUGACCCGGAAAAUGUGUUGCUGCUCCUACAACAUUGGCCAGGCCUGGAAUAGACCCUGUGAGGCCUGCCCCACUCCCACCAGUCCUGACUACCAGAUCCUGUGUGGAAAUCAGGCCCCGGGAUUCCUCAUUGACAUCCACACGGGGAAGCCCCUUGACAUUGAUGAGUGUGGGGAGAUCCCUGCCAUCUGUGCCAAUGGCAUCUGCAUCAACCAGAUUGGGAGUUUCCGCUGCGAGUGCCCCACAGGCUUCAACUACAACAGCAUCCUGCUGGCUUGUGAAGAUGUUGAUGAGUGUGGCAGCACGGAGAGUCCCUGCCAGCAGAAUGCCGACUGCAUCAACAUCCCCGGUAGCUACCGCUGCAAGUGCACCCGAGGGUACAAACUGUCACCAGGCGGGGCUUGUGUGGGACGGAAUGAGUGUCGGGAGAUCCCAAAUGUCUGUAGCCAUGGCGACUGCAUGGACACAGAAGGCAGCUACAUGUGUCUAUGUCACCGUGGAUUCCAGGCCUCUGCAGACCAGACCCUGUGCAUAGACAUUGACGAGUGUGACCAGCAGCCUUGUGGAAAUGGGACCUGCAAGAAUAUCAUCGGCUCCUACAACUGCCUCUGCUUCCCUGGCUUUGUGGUGACACACAAUGGGGAUUGUGUGGAUUUUGAUGAGUGUACUACCCUGGUGGGGCAGGUGUGCCAAUUUGGCCAUUGCCUCAACACAGCUGGUUCCUUCCACUGCCUCUGCCAGGAUGGCUUUGAGCUCACAGCUGAUGAGAAGAACUGUGUGGACACCAAUGAGUGCCUCAGCCUCGCAGGAACCUGCCUACCAGGCACUUGCCAGAACCUCGAGGGCUCCUUCCGCUGCAUCUGUCCCCCUGGCUUCCAGGUGCAGAGUGACCACUGCGUUGAUAUCAACGAGUGCUCAGAGGAGCCCAACCUCUGCCUCUUUGGCACCUGUACCAACAGCCCUGGGAGCUUCCAGUGCCUCUGCCCACCUGACUUUGUCCUCUCUGACAAUGGGCACCGUUGCUUUGACACACGGCAGAGUUUCUGCUUCACCCGUUUUGAGGCUGGGAAGUGCUCGGUGCCCAAAGCUUUCAACACCACCAAGACCCGCUGCUGCUGCAGUAAGAGGCCUGGGGAGGGCUGGGGAGACCCCUGCGAACUGUGUCCCCAGGAGGGCAGCGCUGCCUUUCAGGAGCUCUGCCCCUUUGGCCACGGGGCAGUCCCAGGCCCGGAUGACUUCCGAGAAGACGUGAAUGAGUGUGCAGAGAACCCUGGCGUCUGCACUAACGGCAUCUGUGUCAACACCGAUGGAUCCUUCCGCUGUGAGUGUCCCUUUGGCUACAGCCUGGACUUCACUGGCAUCAACUGUGUGGACACAGACGAGUGCUCUGUCGGCCACCCCUGUGGGCAAGGCACAUGCACCAAUGUCAUUGGAGGCUUCGAAUGUGCCUGUGCUGACGGCUUUGAGCCUGGCCCCAUGAUGACCUGCGAGGACAUCGACGAAUGCUCCCUGAACCCGCUGCUCUGUGCCUUCCGCUGCCACAAUACUGAAGGCUCCUACCUGUGCACCUGCCCAGCCGGCUACACCCUGCGGGAGGACGGGGCCAUGUGUCGAGAUGUGGACGAGUGUGCAGAUGGUCAGCAGGACUGCCACGCCCGGGGCAUGGAGUGCAAGAACCUCAUCGGUACCUUCGCGUGUGUCUGUCCCCCAGGCAUGCGGCCCCUGCCUGGCUCCAGGGAGGGCUGCACAGAUGACAAUGAAUGCCGUGCUCAGCCUGACCUCUGUGUCAAUGGCCGCUGUGUCAACACCGCGGGCAGCUUCCGGUGCGACUGUGAUGAGGGAUUCCAGCCCAGCCCCACCCUUACUGAGUGCCAUGACAUCCGGCAGGGGCCCUGCUUUGCCGAGGUGCUGCAGACCACGUGCCAGUCUCUGUCCAGCAGCAGUGAGGCUGUCACCAGGGCUGAGUGCUGCUGUGGGGGUGGCCGGGGCUGGGGGCCCCGCUGCGAGCUCUGUCCCCUGCCUGGCACCUCAGCCUACAGGAAGCUGUGCCCCCAUGGCUCAGGCUACACUGCUGAGGGCCGAGAUGUGGAUGAAUGCCGUAUGCUUGCUCACCUGUGUGCUCAUGGGGAGUGCAUCAACAGCCUCGGCUCCUUCCGCUGCCACUGUCAGGCCGGGUACACACCGGAUGCUACUGCUACUACCUGCCUGGAUGUGGAUGAGUGCAGCCAGAUCCCCAAGCCAUGUACCUUCCUCUGCAAAAACACGAAGGGCAGUUUCCUGUGCAGCUGUCCCCGAGGCUACCUGCUGGAGGAGGAUGGCAGGACCUGCAAAGACCUGGACGAAUGCACCUUCCGGCAGCACAACUGUCAGUUCCUCUGUGUCAACACUGUGGGCGCCUUCACCUGCCGCUGUCCGCCCGGCUUCACCCAGCGCCACCAGGCCUGCUUCGACAAUGAUGAGUGCUCAGCCCAGCCUGGCCCAUGUGGUGCCCGCGGGCACUGCCACAACACCCCGGGCAGCUUCCGCUGUGAAUGCCACCAAGGUUUCACCCUAGACAGCUCAGGCCAUGGCUGUGAAGAUGUUAAUGAAUGUGAUGGGCCCCACCGCUGCCAGCACGGCUGUCAGAACCAGCUAGGGGGCUACCGCUGCGGCUGCCCCCAGGGUUUCACCCAGCACUCCCAGUGGGCCCAGUGUGUGGAUGAGAAUGAGUGUGCCCUGUCGCCCCCCACCUGCGGGAGUGCCUCCUGUCGAAACACUCUUGGUGGCUUCCGCUGCGUCUGCCCCUCUGGCUUUGACUUUGAUCAGGCCCUCAGGGGCUGCCAGGAUGUGGAUGAGUGCGCCGGACGGCAUGGCCCCUGUAGCUACAGCUGUGCCAACACACCUGGUGGCUUCCUGUGCGGCUGUCCUCAAGGCUACUUCCGGGCUGGGCAAGGGCACUGUGUCUCCGGCCUGGGCUUCAGCCCCGGACCCCAGGACACCCCAGACAAAGAGGAGCUGCUCUCGUCUGAAGCCUGCUACGAAUGCAAGAUCAAUGGCCUCUCCCCUCGGGACCGGCCACGACGCAGUGCCCACAGGGACCACCAGGUGAACCUGGCCACCCUUGACUCCGAGGCCCUGCUGACCUUGGGCCUGAACCUCUCACAGCUGGGCCGGGCCGAGCGCAUCCUGGAGCUCCGGCCGGCCCUGGAGGGUCUGGAGGGCCGGGUCCGCUACGUCAUUGUCCGCGGAAAUGAGCAAGGUUUCUUUCGCAUGCAUCACCUCCGUGGCUUCAGCUCCCUGCAGCUGGGACGGAGGCGGCCGGGGCCUGGAACCUACCGGCUGGAGGUGGUGAGCCACAUGGCAGGACCCUGGGGUGUCCAGCCAGAGGGGCAGCCAGGGCCAUGGGGCCAGGCCUUGAGGCUUAAGGUGCAGCUGCAGUUGCUUUAGUUGGGAGGAGCCUCAGUGGGCCCCAGCUGUCCAGAGAAGGAGGAUUCUGGAACUGGGAAGGACUGAUCCCCAGAAAUGAUGGCUGACCAGAUGGAACCCCGAAACUCAGGAAGAGUGAAAUGCUACACGACAACCUCAGGCGAGCCCGGCCUCUGCCUGGGCCUCUGUGCCAGCCCCGGGGGCCCCACAAUUACUCAGUCUUUCCUGGAGACAGCAAGAAGCUGCAGUGUGCAAUCCCCGCACCACAGCCAAAGUUAGGAAGAGGCCCUGUGGCCACCGUGUCUGGCCAAUCUCAGGCUUUCACUUCUGUGCUGCACUGUGGCUUGCCCUGGCGGGGUCAGGGGGUUGGCGGGACAUGGCAGUGGGCAACUGGGGUGGGCACAGGGCUUAUUCCUCGGAGUAGAAGGGUGUACAGGGGGCCCAGACUCCACAGUGACUUGCCACAUUUGCCCCCCAUUUGGAGAAUGCUUUUAUAUCAAAAGUGGAGAUGAUAAUAAAGUUAUUUUGGGUUAA